UGUAAGUAGGAGGACAAAUCUUUUGCUAAAACAUCGGGAAAAUAAUUUCUGCCUCAUUGUUUUCCAAAACUAUUCCACCCCUCCAAAGUCUAUCAAGUAAACUCACCCACAAGUAAAUUGGCGUCGAGCCAUGGUAAAAGUUAAGAUCUGGAAAAAAAAGAAAAAAGAUCUGGAUUAUAUUUGCCACGGGCGGCGUACGAUAAAGACUUAGUAGUCUACGACUUUCCGUACGAUUUUAACCAUCGUGGAUGACGGCAGGCUACGGCGUUAAGUUGGCUACGGGCAUCGUGCGAUUACCUUGGGGACAGGUCAAGGCAAAUCUGCAUGGAGGCUGCACAGAAAUCGCACGGAGAUGGUGCGCUUCCGUGAGGCCACCGCAGCUACUGCACUGAUCUCGUACGGAGCACGGGCAGAGGCUGAGCGGUGAUCGUGCAUUUGCCGUGCGGUUUUUAGGCCUAGAGUCCCCAGUAUAUGGAAGAGCACUCACAUGUUUGUAAUGCUCAAUGUGGGACCUAAAGGUAAAGGUAAGAAAUCUAAAAAGGCCCAACAACCUGCAGAAAUAGAACCACCCGUUGAAACUGAAUUCGAGAGGCCGACGACGAUGAUGAGCCAGACGAUGAAGAUGCUGCCCGUCAACGACAGAUUGGUGCAGCUUUUAUUAAGAUCAUUUUUAUGACAUUAGACAUGGGAACUGGACAAAUAAGAAAUUAAAAGAUGCAGAACUCAAGGCGUUUUCUGAGACUAAAGGCUGGGCCCGUAAGUAUUUUUGUACAAAUUCGUCUUUUUAGAUUGCAUUCCAUUAAUUAUCCUAUGCCAUGAAGAAAUGAAUAGUUUUACAUUAACGAAGUGGGUUUCUUCAGCAUGUAUAUUAUGUUUUCUUAUGUCCAUUUCUGCCACGGAUAUCUAUGAGCUUUUUUGUCUCUGUUGUUGUUUGCAGCUGCCAAAAUUCUACGCAUGUGGAAAAACUGGCGACCUGACUACAGCCGCAAAUCCAACCAAGGGGCGUCAAAGAGGACCCGGCUGCAGAAAUGUUUAUGGAAGCAGGAGCGUUUGGCCUUUCUAGCACCGAUUAUAGUCCACAAGUCGGGCAAAGGCAUCGAGAUUGGAGGGGGUGCAAAGGACGAGGUAACACAAGAGGGGUCGGGGACGAAGAGUCAGCUCCCAGUCCCCACAUCCUCCACAGUCCCCGCGGUUACCACAUGCCAAGAAGAGAGCAGCCCGCGUCCAGGCCGCAGUACGUCUGCGUCUUUGAAGAGAGAAAGUGCAGACGACACAAAGAAGUCCGGAAGGGAAGUCAGCACCAACCUGUCACAGCUGCUGGAGGAGAAUCGUAAGAAGGACACCGAGCUUUCACUGAAGACUGAUCAGUCCACGGAGCAGGCGUCGGAGAGGGACGCUGCGUGUCUGGGGUCCGUCGUCCUCCAGGUCCCUAGUAUCAGAACGUCAAAACACAGCAAUACUCUCACGAGAGACAUUCACAAUUCAACCAAUGCCAGUGGCUAAGAUGCUGAUGACCAUUUACCACUGGACCGCUCCUGUUAUCACCUAUCCGUGAAGACCCGGGUGUGAAUUGGUCUUCAGUAAUUCAUGAUGUUCGUAAGAGGCGACUAACGGGGUCGGGUGGACUGGCUCACUGACCUGUUUGACGCAUGUCACCGUAUCCCAGUUGUGUAGGUUGAUGCUCAUGCUGUUGAUCACUGGAUUGUGUGGUUCAGAUCUGAUUAUUUACAGACCGCCGCUAUACAUCUGGAAUAUUGCUGUGUGCGGCGUUAAACAACCGACCAACCAACCAACCAACCAACCAAACAGUCAUUACCUAGAACAUUGAUAGUAUCGCCACAAGAAAUGACAAUGGCUCUCAUUGGACAUUAUUUGCUAACUAUUUUUUACGCAUGUUUCAUGAUACUGAAAGCAGUGACGUCUUGUGCGGUGAAACUUUAGUUACAAAAGUUACUUUGUGAAAAGAUGAAUACAGACAAUAAAGAUUUUAAAACUUGAA